AUGGUGGCUCCCGGUAUCACGGGUCGCACACAGCCUGCAAAGGUCAAGAAGCGGGCCGCUGCGCAAAAGCGGAAGCGCGACGAUGUGGAUGUUGAAAAGCUGGAGCAAGCCGUUGCGGAGCUGGAUCUGCAAAAUGGCUCCUACAAAGACUUCACCGACCUGCCUCUCUCCGAUCCUACCAAGCAGGGCCUCAAGUCUUCCCAUUUCGCCGUCAUGACCGACGUCCAGGCGAAGGCCAUCCCUCUCGCACUCAAAGGCCACGAUAUCCUCGCAGCAGCCAAGACGGGAAGCGGAAAGACACUGGCAUUCCUUAUACCAAUGUUGGAAAACCUGUACCGAUUGCAGCACAUUGGCCCAGACGCAGGAUUAGGCGCGCUGGUCAUAUCUCCCACUCGCGAACUCGCAAUCCAGAUCUUCGACGUACUAUGUAAAUUGGGAAGGCAUGGCCACAUGUUUGCGGCGGGACUUAUAAUCGGCGGCAAGAGCCUAGAAGCGGAGCGGCAGGCUCUAUCUCGGAUGAAUAUUCUGAUAGCGACCCCAGGACGACUACUCCAGCACCUGUCACAGACUGUCGCAUUCAAUAUGGACGACUUGAAGAUGCUGGUGCUGGAUGAGGCGGACAGGAUCCUUGACAUGGGCUUUCAGAAGGACGUGGACGCCAUCAUAGAGUACCUCCCGAAAGAGAGACAGACCAUGCUCUUCUCCGCUACUCAGUCGAGAAAAGUAAAGGAUCUAGCCCGAUUAAGCCUGCAGGACCCGGAAUACAUAUCAGUCCACGCUGAAGAUAGGACAGCGACACCGAAGUCACUCCAGCAGAACUACAUCGUCUGUCCUUUAGAAGAGAAAUUAGACACGCUAUGGAGCUUCAUCCAGGCCAGCAAGAAGUCGAAGAUAGUAUGCUUCUUCUCUACCGCCAAAAUGGUGCGCUUCGUCUACGAAUCCUUCCGUCACAUGCAGCCCGGUAUACCGCUUGUCCAUCUUCAUGGUCGCCAAAAGCAGGGAGGUCGCAUGGACACGACGGCAAAGUUCUCGGCUGCAAAGUUCUCAUGUCUGUUUGCAACAGACGUCGCCGCCCGUGGACUGGAUUUUCCCGCAGUGGACUACGUCAUUCAGGUUGAUUGCCCGGAAGAUGUUGACACAUAUAUUCACCGCGUCGGUCGAACGGCGCGUUACAACCGCGAGGGUCGUGGCGUGCUCUUUCUAACGCCCAGCGAAGAGGAGGGUAUGCUGAAGCGUCUCGAGGCGAAGAAGGUGCCCAUUGAGAUGAUCAACGUUCGGCAAAAGAAGAAGCAGUCGAUCAAGAGUCAGCUCGUUCACAUGAACUUCAAAGACCCCGAGCUCAAGUACCUGGGGCAGAAAGCGUUCAUCACGUAUACGAAGUCUAUCUAUGUGCAGAAGGAUAAAGAGAUCUUUAACAUCAAGAAGUAUGACCUGGAGGCUUUUGCUGCAAGCUUGGGCCUACCAGGUGCUCCGAAGAUCAAGUUCUUGAGGGAUGAUAAGGGUAGGCAGACGAAGAACGCAUCGAAGCAAGCGCUUGAAGUGUCUGAAUCUUCAGCUGGGGAGGAUGAGGAGGCUCCGAAGGAUGCUAAGCCCGUACGGACCAAGUACGAUCGUAUGUUUGAGAAACAGAACCGGGACAUUUUGGCGGAUCACCGGAAGAAACUUAUCAGAGACGGAGAAGAGGACGAGGCUUCGGGGCUUCAGGAUGACUUUGCAGGCGGUCCGUCAAUCGCCAAUGGGGAAGAUGACUUCCUCGCCGUCAAGAGAAGGAUACCGGCCACAGCUGAUGGAGUGACUAUCGCGCCUGAAGAAGACGAGCCUGUCAGACUACGUGGGAAGCUCGUCAAUCUAUCAGGCGCCACUCAGCCUCUCAUCAUCGAUAGCAACCGCCGCGAAAAGCUACUUAAAUCCAAGAAGAAACUGCUGAAGUUCAAGGACAAGGGCAAGAAGCUCGUCUACGACGAUGAAGGCAAUCCUCACGAAGUUUACGAGCUCGAAGACGAGAACGACUUCAAAGCUAAGGGACUUCCGGAAGAGCAGCGGCAGAAAUUUCUUGAGGUCGCGAGGGAGGUCGUUGCCCAGGCCGAUGUCGAAGAUAAGGCCACGGCGAAGGCUAAGAGAAAGGAGAAGAUGCGGAAGAGGAAAGAGCGUGAGAGGAUGGGAGCAGAGGGUGUUGGGGGUGAAGAAGGUGGUGUGGAGAUUGAGGAUACUGGCGAGGACGCGCUCGCCAACUUUAGGGCCGAUGCGGAGUAUAGUGAUGAGGAAGAAGAGAAGCAACAGAAGAAGCCUAAGAAGUGGUUCCAAUCAGACUCGGAGGAGGAUGAGAGAAGUAGCAAGAAGCGCAAGAAGGGGAAGAAGAGCGAUCGGCAUGUGGUGGAGGAACCUCAAACGCUGGAAGAUAUGGAGGCUCUGGCGGCUGGCUUGCUCGGAUGA